UCCGUGCUGUGCGGCGGCAAAGCAUCACCCCUUAGUCCGUUCCUUAGCCCCAACCGACUCCGUUCUGCCUGGGAAAGGAUCUGCCAGACCAAGCAACAUGAAUGAAGACUACAGUGAUACCUAUGAUAAAAUCCAAAAGACGAGCACAGAUGAGGCUCCAGACCUGCAGGAGGAAAGUGACGCUCCUUUGUAUGACAGAGUCCAUGAAGACUCUGAAAAUGAUCUGUAUGCCACCAGGCUAGAAUGCCACGAGUACGAUUACUUGUCACCUUAUGUCUCAAAAAGUGAUGAAGCCACCCCAGCCUCCCUGGAGCCAGAAGCAGAUGGCUACCUCCUGCCGGAUGAGGUGUUUUCAGAGUCCCAGGCGGUUCGGGAUGUCUCCAUGGGAGACUCACAUUCACCAAGCCAGGACCCAGAGCCUCUCUCCUGGGAAGCUCAGGAGAAUGGAGGAGCAACCGAGGAAGACGUGCCUUCCUCACACUCACUAAGCCAGGACCCGGAGCGUCUCCCGUGGGAACCUCAGGAGAAUGGAGGAGCAACCGAGGAAGGCGUGCCUUCCUCACAUUCACUAAGCCAGGACCCGGAGCGUCUCCCGUGGGAACCUCAGGAGAAUGGAGGAGCAACGGAGGAAGAUGUGCCUUCCUUACUGAGCUUCAGGGUUCAGCACAGCAAGGUGCUUGCCACAAGCCAGGAUUCCCCUAUCAGCCCUUCUGCUGCUAUUGGGUUGGGAGAAAAAGAAGCAGCUACCAGCAACCCUGAGAUCUUCCUGUUUGUGAAGGCUGGGAUCGAUGGGGAAAGCAUUGGCAACUGUCCCUUCUCUCAGCGUCUCUUCAUGAUCCUCUGGCUGAAAGGAGUCGUGUUCAAUGUCACCACCGUGGAUCUGAAAAGAAAGCCAGCCGAUCUACACAACCUGGCUCCUGGCACGCACCCGCCCUUCCUGACCUUCAAUGGGGAUGUGAAGACGGAUGUCAACAAGAUUGAAGAGUUCCUGGAGGAGACCCUAACCCCUGAGAAGUACCCCAAACUGGCUGCAAAACACCGGGAAUCUAACACUGCGGGCAUAGACAUCUUCUCCAAGUUCUCAGCCUACAUCAAAAACACCAAACAACAGAACAAUGCUGCCCUUGAGAGAGGUUUGACAAAGGCACUGAGGAAGCUGGAUGACUACCUGAACAGCCCUCUGCCAGAGGAGAUUGACACCAACACCCAUGGGGACGAGAAGGGGUCCCAGCGCAAGUUCCUGGAUGGGGAUGAGCUGACCCUGGCCGACUGCAAUCUGCUGCCCAAGCUGCAUGUGGUCAAGAUUGUGGCUAAGAAGUACCGAAACUAUGACAUCCCAGCUGAGAUGACAGGCUUGUGGCGGUACCUCAAGAAUGCCUAUGCACGGGACGAGUUCACCAACACCUGUGCAGCUGACAGUGAGAUCGAGUUGGCCUACGCAGAUGUCGCCAGGCGCCUCAGCCGAUCGUGAGCUUGGCUGUCUGGCCCAAUUUCUGCUGCAGAAGAAUUCUACUUUUCCCAAUGGCUUUCAGCUCUACAGACUCUUCUUCCCCAUUGCCUCGGGGAAACAUAAAAAAAAAAAAAUUAGGCCACAUCUUACUGGCACUCCUGAACUCAACUCCAGCCUUCUACCUUCUAAGAUCAGUGCCAUUCUUCUGCCUUGCCCUGCAGGAGCCUGGCAAGCAGAGAGGACACGGUGGCAGAUUUUUUUUCCACCUGCUGGUCUGAUCUAGGGUCAGUGUAUCUGAGGUCAGUUUGCAGAGCUUCCAUGGGAUUGUCACUGUUCCCUUCUGCCAAUAUCAUAAUGCUUUCUCAGAUGCGCUAACAACUUGAAAUGCCAGCUUCUCUCUCCCCUCCUUCCUCAGCAACUGCAAGGUGAUGGACAAAUACAUGAUCUUUAGGGAGAGAUCUGUGCCUUGAUUGGGGAGACAGUGUUUGGGGGGACUCAGCUGGGUGUGGCUCUGGAUAUCUAGCAAAACAGUUCCAGAUGCUCACUAUUUCUGACAGUGGGCCAGAUGGACACACCCCCAACACACAAUAUACCCCAGUUUUCUGGUGCAAUAUGAUUACAUCCUGGCCAGCACUGACCCAAGUUUUCCUCCUGUCUCCAUUUUGCCACAAAGGCAGUCGAUUCAUAACUCUAAACCAAGGUGACCCAGAUAAGGAGAGACUUCUGGGAAGCAAUAUUGAUGCCAAAAGGCCCACCAGGGUCUACAGCCACAGGGGUCACUGGCUGAAGAGUAGGUCGUCCACUGGAGAUCACAUGAGUGUGUGUGUGUGUGUGUGUGUGUGUGUGUGUGUGUGUGACUGUGUUCUUCAGUGGGUAGCUUUGGGUUUGAGCAAGCGAAGGAAGUGGAGGGAUGGGAGGAAAUAAAGUUCUAUUUGAGUUUGACAUGGCCUAGAAAACUUUUAGAGCAGUCUUCUCUCUCAUUAUCUAAAUCUUGGACUGGUGUUACGGCACCCCUACCAACUGUAGAGCAGACUCCAACAUCAGCCAAAAUGUCUUCCAGGCUCUUCAUAGUCACUUGCAGAUGUGGGUUGCCACCUGCCUGUGCCCUGGCUCCCAGUUUCUUCAGCCUCAGCCUCUGAUGAAAGAGAAAAUCUAUUAAGAAAUGGUGUGAUCGUGGGCUACCUUAGGAAGAAAGCCCAUGGGUCUUUCUGACUGGGAAGCCACAACUUGAAUUUGGAAAUUAUGGACUGCCUUGGGUUCAUUUUCCUGCCAGCAGGCUCAUCUAUCAGAUUUUCAAGAAAGAGAAAACUUUUUAAGAAUUUCUUUAUAAACUAAUAUUUCUCUAAUAAAACUUUUGAGUUUUACCUACAACUCUCAGGGUGUGACCAUGAGAACCUAGGCUGAUUAGGAACUAUGACAAACCAAUCACCCAUUAGCUCUUCCUCUACCAGUGAGCUAGUGAGUGCCUAGAAGAAAUCCAUCCCUAGGACCUCAACUCCAACAAUCCCGCUUCUGUGUCACUGACAGUGGAGGCGAGGCUCCUGAGGGCCGGUAAGACCCUGGUCUUGGCUCAGUGCUCCGGAGGGUGGAGCAGCACAGAUCCUUUCCAUAGAAACAUCAACAUGGUUUAACCCAAGCAGUCACUGAGCCCUCCUGCCUCUAGGGAUCUCCAAAGCAAAGAGUGACCAUUGAUCCAAGGAGGGAGGAAGCAGGAGGUCUCCCUAGCCCACUGGGGAAGAGGACUCUGCCUGCUAGAAGAGUUUAUAAACCUGAAGGGGCUUUGAAGAGGCAAAAUGAGCCGAUUCAUUUCCAUCGCUACAGGAACCUUUCCACGGGCUCUCCAUAAGCUACCCCUGGGGAUGUUUAAAAGUGUAGCACUGCUGAGGGAACAGCAGUUUUUUCUUCAGGGAAGAGCCCUCAAUGGGCCUCUCGGGGAAGGAGAACUUCCGGAACCAUCCGGAAGGCUGUUUAAUUAAAAGAAAACCAUGCUGUUCUCAGAGAUCCUUCCUAGAAUUUACAAGCAGGCAGGGUGAACUCACACAGCGCACACCCCUAUUUUCCACAGGUGGGCUGGUGUUAAAGAUAUGAAGACUAGCAUGCAUACUGAGCGUCUUCAGAGGAAGGGGAAGAAUUUUCCUCAUGUGAUGCUCUGAGCCCAUCAAUCGGCAAGUCUUUAAAAACAAACUUCCCAAGCCGAGUCGAUGUUGUUUCUAGACGGUCCUCCUAUGGUUGAGUUAGUUUCACAGAAAUCACAAUAUUUAGGCAAUGUUGGAUGCUAUAGGAUCAAUCAGAACCCCUUUAAAGAGAGGCAAGAUUUUAGACGGGAGGCUUUCCUAAGUACUUUAAUGCAGAUGUAACUUUAAUGUUAUCAAAUAACUAUAAUGAGACUAACCAAUGUCUUAGGACACAAUUAUCAUAGCAUGUAAAAAACAAAACAAAAAAAAGCAAUAAAGUCAAUGAUGAUUACCUACCCCACCCCCUCCAAGGAGAGUUUUCUCUGGAGGCUCUAGUUUCUUUCUUAACCUUGAUAUGUAUAUGGUUUACCAUCUGAAGUCACCCUGUGUUGAGGUUCCAAGUUCCAGCUCAGACCAUGUGGAAGGGUUUGUAGUGUGGACUCUACCUGCAGAAAUUCUGGAUAAGAGCUAUUCCGGUAAAUGCCAGUCCCGCAGGAAGCAUUUGGAUGUCAGAGAAAAGGAAGCUAUGUUGACAGAGGUACUGUGUAUUCCUCUCUCACCUUGGAUUGCCACAUGACAAUCUUGUAUGUAUGAAACAUUAAGUGCAAGGCAAGACAGACAGAUGGGGUCUGACUCAAAAUUACUGAGCUGAGUGUACCUACCUAUUUAAAACCGCCCACUUCUUAGGUUGAUCCAGAGAGAAAAUGCUAUUAACUAUCCACAAUAAGAUAGAGAGUGAAUUGUUUGCUUGUUUAGAAAUAUAAUUUCAUAUUCUCCUGAAAAAAAAAGAAAAUGUCCUGGUAAGUUCAGGAAUACAGUCAUGUGUCUAUCUCACCUUUUAAAUGAGGGGUCUAGGUAGCCUACUGGAACCAAACAAAUCAGUUGCAAAGUAGGGCAGAACCUGCUGGUACCUUCUUGUGAGGUUCUUAUAAGGUGAAACAAGAACAGUGACUAGAGGGGUGGACACUCUGCAGACAGGUAGUCCUAAGCAGGUUAGAACCAUCAUGGAAUGAAACGUGCCUGGCACAGAGAGAUGUUGCUGUUGACAAGUUCUGGGGACCUUCCAGGCCUAGGUAAAUUGUAUUAUGAGGGAAGUCAAGGCAGAAGCCGUGUGUCCAUCUAAUAAAAGUUCACCAUCGCUAAAAGAGUUUGCAUCUACAAUCAAAUCCUUCUAGAAGCAGUAGGUGUCUGGUCGGUAGGUACGUCUGGGGUUUCUGUCCAUUCUUCCAUGGUCUAGGAGUUAGCUCAGCUGCAAGAUGAGGCAGGAUACUAAUGUGGCUUUGCUGGGAAACAUGAAACACUAAUUCAUGAUUGAAACUAAAUUCAGUGAUUCUCAAGGAUAACCUUUUGAGAUCUACAUGUUUCUAUCAUCCAUAUUCAUAUACAUUAUAUCUAUAUAUGAUAUUACAAAGAAAGGGUGAAGGAAAGAAGUGUGCCCAUGAGGCCUCAGACUCUGGUGUUGGGAGAACAUUUGUGAUCUUGUCUUUGGCCUUGGGGCCCUUCUACAGAUAGGCCAAUGACUUUGUAUCCACUGCUCUUUAUCAUUCAAACUAACAGCUUGUGCCUGAAUUAUAAGUGUAUUUUAUUUUCCCUUUACCAAUAUUUCCCUCCCAGCCUAGCUGCAAGCUACAUUCAUCUCAUUAUUAUGAAUGAGAUUCUCAUUACUAUGAAUGAGUAUAAAUCAAACUGCCCAAUCUUAUUUAAUGUUGUUUCAGGAUAUAGAUCUAUUGUUCAUUAUCACCACAUGCACCAGCAAAAAUAAAGAAAACGUUAUUCCAAUAUAAGGUUUGACUUAAACCGUACUUUCAGUAAAAUCAAUCUAGUGUUUGGUAAAAACAGUUUUGAAGACAUGGUAUUUUUAUAGCUAGAGAUGUCGCAACAUCAACUGUGAAUAUAUUUAUAGGAGAUAGAAGGGUAGGAUCUAGCUUGGUUAUAGAGUGUUUGCUUAACAUACAUGAAACCCUGGGUCAGAUCUCUAGCACUGCAUCAACCAAGCAUGGUAGCAAACACUGGUAAUUCCAGCAUAAAGGAGCCGAGGUCAGGAAGACCAAGGUCAGCUGCAUAGCAAACUGGAGGCUGGUCUGAGACCCUGUCUCAAAACAAGUAAAAUAUUCAGCUGAUACUUGAAUUUCUCCCCCCUCCACCCAAGUCACCUAGUUUUUUUUUAAUUUUAUUUUAUAAGCUGAGGAGUUAACUGAUUAGCAAUUCUAAUACAUUGUAUGUAGGGACACUCCAAAUGAUGGUAACUCAUAUUUUUUGAGAGCUUUAGCUUGGGUGAGAACAUACCUUGCUUUCAAGCCUUUGACUACAUAAGGAGUCAAGUGUUUUCUACUUCUCCUUGAGCCAGCUGUAAAUGCAUUUCCUGGUCUUGAUUGGUAUUGACUGAUUCAAAUAAAGUUGGUUUAUUUUCAAAUA